AUGGGUCUGUUUAAAAGAAACUCUCAAUCGUCCAACGAAAAGCUCAAGGUGAAGAUCACCGAUGAUGACGCCAAAAGAUUGAAGAUGCGGUCCCAGAACGUGCACGACCCGAUUUUGAACGCGGUCAACGAGGCACAGCCGUUCGAACAGUCAGCCAACGAGCACCAGAGACAUUCGUCUUUGGGCGAUGGUGGAUUGAAGGACGUGUUCGGCAAUACGAUAGUAAACCCGGACAUUUCCAAUCCCUCGAGAUCCCGUGACGAAAGACCGAUGGAUACCAUCAGAUCAUUUGAAUAUGCCGUUACGGGAGAUUUGACUUACAAACAACAAUUGGAAACACCUACUCUGGGAUGGAGAGUGAGACAGGACUUCCCACACUUCACCGAGAACCAGUAUUCUUCGUCUUACGGCGCUGGCCAGCAACAGUUUGACGAGUAUGGACAGCCUAUCUACGAUGGAAACACGUACCAGAGACAAAACAUACCCGAGACCGAGCAGGGCAUUUAUGUUGCUCCGCCUCCUAAGGAGACCACCAAAAAGAAGAAAGGAUGGUUCGGAAAGAAGAAGAGUUAA